AUGGCAAGCUUACUUCGCCACUCCAUCGACAUCAAAGCGCUCGAGGACUACAUUUGCGAACAUGUACCGCGCAUCCAAAUACCAAUCGCAGUUAGCCAGUUCGAGUGCGAACAAGCAAACGGAACGUACUUGAUUAAAGAUCGAAUUGGUGCCAAAUAUGUGAUGCGAGAGAAGCCCACGGGCCAACUCGUUUCUCAAAGUGCUCAUAACUUCGAGCGAGAAUACCGGGUCCUUCGCAUACUUCACGCGUCUUCGGUUCCGGUUCCAAAGAUCUACUGCCUGUGCGAAGAGACAAGUGUCCUUGGGGCGCCGUUCUACAUUAGGGAGUUUCUAGACGGUAGAAUCUUCGAGGAGCCUAGCUUUCCCGGUGCAACUCCGUGGGAAAGACACCGGAUGUGGAAAGAAGCGGUCGUGACUCUAGCAAAACUUCACAGCGUGGAUAUUGAUGACGCAGGGUUAGCGACCUACGGUCGCCGAACAGGCUUCUACCAACGACAAUUGCGUGCCUGGGAAGAUUCGAGGAAAGCUCAACGCGCCGUACUAGACGUAGAACCAGUGGGCCCCGUACCGGCCGUAGACGUGAUGGCCGACUUCUUCUCCCUCGAGCGAUACCAGCCCAAAGACCGCGCUUGUCUGAUUCAUGGUGAUUAUAAGAUCGCUAACCUUGUUUUCCACAAGACAGAGCCGAGAGUUAUUGGGAUAUUAGACUGGGAAAUGUCGACCAUCGGCCAUCCUCUCGCCGAUCUCGCAACCCUCCUCCAGCCUUUCACUAUCGUGACGACAUUAUCGGCGGCAGCGAAAGAGCUCCUUAUGCCAUUCCAGUUGAUGUCUGAGGUCCCAGGCCUACCCACCGUCGCAGAAUGCCUGUUCUGGUAUAGGACGGUAGCGGGGUGGAACCCCACGUCGGAAUUGACCUGGGCCAGCGCCUAUUCAUUAUUUCGCACGAGUAUUGUCCACCAAAGAAUUCCUGCAGCGUAUGCUGCUCUGCAGGCGAGCCGAAGUACUGCUAUCGAGAGUGCCCGUGAUAUGUCCACUUGCGCAUGGCUGACCUUGACUCUGAUAAGACGGAUCCUGGAGGCGGACGCUGAGCCUCGCGCUAGGAUAUGA